AAACAAGUGAAGCUCCCAAGGCCUCCAGCAGGCCGGAUCCGUAGACAUUUUGGCUCAAGCCGCUUGGUCUCAAGACCCGCGGCAAGGCGCAGCCCGGCUGCCUCCUGCCACCGCUCCCGCGACCCGGACGGCGCCGCCCUGCGGGCGUCGGCGCCGCCUGGGCGCCUUGCUGUGCGCCCGGCGCUCCCCGCGCCCAGCCCAGGCUUCGGCUCCCAGCACAUGGACAUCAUCACUAUUGCCGGGGUUGAGGAAGGGUCCGACGCAGAGUCCGCAGCGCCUGUACCUUCCUGCCCACCCCCGCCGAUGCCCAGCAGCCCCAAGACCACGCACGGCGUCAACAUAUAUGCGACUACGGCGGCAUUGUCCGCAGGCAUCGGCACCGAGGCGGACAGCCAUGGUCGUCAAUUCCCUGGCACACCUUCGUUUCCGAAAUGCGAUCCGACGCCGGGUUUCGGCCAGGAGUUGUCCAUGCGUCUAGAAAAGAUCGACAGCAAGCUCGAGUGGCUCACCUCUCGCGUCAAGAUCAACGGUGUUGCAGCCAUCCACCUCGACAGCUUUGCCGGUGGCCCCAGCCUUGGCUGCAGCGCCUUCGACGCACUGGCGCCGGGCACGGACACGGCCCAGACGACGAAGACUCUCCGCAAUGUGGCAGACGCAGGCGAAGUAAUCAACAUAGAGCCUCCAGCAGCGGUCACAGCGCUGGCGCCGGCCUUCUCUGGGCGCGACAGUUGCGAGUCAGGGUUGAGCAACGGGAGCCUAACACCAGGUCAACAGCAGCUCGACAUCAACAGGGUGGAAAGUUUGACUUUCACGGGUUCGUUCAGCUCUCCCCGCCGUGGAGCGUCGAGGAGCCACAGGAGCCUGUCACCAGACCGACGGCAGCGUGGCAUCAGCAGGGCGACAGCGCACAUGGGCGCGCCAAGCUCCUCCGGCGUGGAAGCCCCGAGGAGGAGAAGCGACCGCAGCAACUCGCCAGACUGACGGAAGCUUGACGUCGGGUUGGCGCCACCCGAGCGACCGCUGUCGUCAGAGCAGCCGACACGACUGAGCGUCGCGAGCGCCAUGAGCGCGUUGAACUCCCCCCGCCUCGACGUCGACGCGGCAGUCAUGAGAGGCACAUCGCACGCGAGCCACAGGAGCGCGAGCGCAUACAGCUCUGCGGUGUCCCGGCGCCGAGGGUCGACGAUGAGCGCGGUGGACGGUGGCCCGCUCAUUCCCAACAUGAGCCCAAAGAGUCCGAAACCGGUCCGGCCUUGGGCGUCCCUGGAUGUGCCUGGCCCUAGUCGGCUGUCGGCUUUCCCGCGUGCGUCCGAGCUGAGCGUGGUCAAGGAGAAGUCGAGGAAGUCCUUCCUGGUCAGGAGGAUGCUCGAGAAGUCCCAGAGCAAGGAUAUCGAGAAGGUGAACGUGCGUUUCCAGUCGCUUCCGCGGGCGCUGAGGGACAGCCGCAGCUCCACCGUGGACUACGUCCACACGGUCUUAGAUGACCCCACGUCAGGCAGAGUGGCGUGGUGGACUGCCAAGUGCUUGGAAGCUGUUGUGCUCAUCAGUGUGCUGGCCACCUUCCUGCAGACUGUUGAAGAUCCGCCCCUGCACGGGUGGUCAGCUGCCAUCGUCGAGACGAUUUUCGACAUCGUAUUUCUGGUGGAGGUCGUUACUCGCUGGGUCUGUGCCCCUAACUGGGUGAAUUUUUUCUUUAUCCCCAACUCGUGGAUCGAUCUUUUAGCCGCGAGUGCGAUCGUGGUGCGGGCAGCUGUUGGCUUCGUGCUCCCAGAAAGCCAGGACGAUGCAAUUUCAGUCAUGCUGCUGUGCUUCGUGCCCAUCAUUCGGCUGUUAAAGAUUUUACGAAACUUUGAGACCUUCAACGUGCUCAUCCAGGCUCUCAAGAUCACGAUGGAGGCCCUUCCGAUGCUACUGUACUCUGUGGCCCUGAUAACGAUGACGUUCGCCACCCUCAUCUACCUCGUUGAACCAGAGAUAUUCGAAUCGCCGUUUCGAGCUGUCUGGUUCUGUCUUGUGACCGUGACCACAGUCGGUUAUGGGGAUUAUUCCCCCGUUACAACGGCGGGAACCACAAUCGUCAUGGUCUUGAUUGUUAUGGGGGUCAUAAUGAUGGCCGUUCCUAUCGGAAUCAUCGGAAGCACGUUCAACCAAGUGUGGAACGCGAGGGACUACUCCUUGCUGCUCUCGAAGACUCGGAAGAAGGUGCACCAGUGGGGCUACACAGCCGAUGACAUUCACGCUCUGUUCAAGGCGGCAGGGCACUCUGACGAUACUGGAGUGCUCGAGCUCGACGAUUUCUGCGAGCUCGUGAAGGAGAUGAAGAUAGGGCUUUCCGAGGAUCGGGUCAUUGCUCUAUUUCAUCAUAUGGACAAAGAAGGCAGUGGCGCUCUGGACGCGGCUGAGUUUGCGCGUGCCAUCUUUCCAGGCGCGCGCUUCGACUACAUGUGCGAAGAGGAGCGACCAAGGCCGUUCUUUCAGCGGCAGAAUAGUCCCAAGAUCAUGCAGCGGCAGUCCAGCAGCAACAAGAGCUUACAGCGGCAGAGCAGUGGCAGAAGCAUUCGGCGACAGAGCAGCGGCAAGAGCUUGCUGCGGCUGAACGGAGGCCCCUUCAGUAGGAGCAACACUUCAGGUAUCAGUGGCAACACUUUUCUAGGCUGACCGCCGGCCAGCCCUUUGGCGUAGCUGCAUGACUGUCUUUUUAGCCGCUGGGGGAGCCCUUCUUCCCUGCUUCUUGCUCUUCUGCCCCCACCGCCCCCUGUCGUGCUAUCACUUGCUAGAGACAUGUAAUGUUUCUUCUUGAUUGCUGCAGUGUUUCACCAUGCGGUUAUUUGAAACUGCAGUGUUCCCGGACAGAAGACUUGUCAGAUGUGGAAAUCCGCAUCUCCUGGCAUGUUUCGGAUAUGUCCGCAUCGCUUCGCAGUCGUGCUUCUGCUUGAAUUUGGCACGUUUAGGCGAUGCUCGCGCGCCACUUGCCUCACAUCACGUGCUAACAGUCAGGUCGGUGCCCGUCUCGUCUGGUUCGCGGCACCAUCGCGAUAACCAGCACGAUCUCGGUGGGGGUGUGGCUGGCAUCCGAUUGUGGUUCUGGCCCGUCGGAGCAGUGAGGCGGACCCCUGCUGUGCUGGUCGUGUUGGCGCCCCCCUGCGCAGUGCGGCGUAAAGGGCACGUUCACGAAUAGUCUCCGUAUUUUUCUGGCAUGCGCAGUGGGGGUUGAAGGACGCGUGCAGCCAGCGCGGCCGGCGCAUCCAAUCAGAGAUUUGGGCGGCGUCUGAGCAGCGCCGGUGUUUUCGUAGCCGCACUUUCAAUCAUUGUUUGGCCGAUGGGCGCGGGCCCCCGCUCCUCUUCCCCUCUCCCACAUCGACCCGAUCAUGCCCUUUGCCAGCGCAUUGCCGUCGUCGCAUCUCGCCCACGACGAGGAAACGUCCGCAUGGCCCAGCCACUCAUUGCGUUUCUGUGGCGCCUCGGUGGCCCGCGCGCGUGCAGCCUAGUUCCCUGCUGUUCAGGAGGGGAAAAAUGACACAGACACAAAUAAACGGGGGAGGCGGACAAGGUAGGGAAUCGGGGGGAGAUGGGCGACGGAGCUCACUGGCAGGGCACGCAGGACCGCCCGAGGAGCUCUGUCGGCACGCUGUCUAGGCGCGAGAGGCCAGGGUUUCGCUGCGGGAGCUGAUUUCCGGUGGCAGUCGGAUUCUCGCCGAGUCCCAGUUCUCGGCCCAUACGGGGUUCCAACAGCACUGUCAUCCCAGCAGAAGAGCUUUUCCAGGUGCAGCUUGUGUCUGUCCCGCUAGAGGCGGCUGUGCUCGUCGUCGACGCGAUUGGUGCGCACGAAGCGCCAUCGCUCCAAGAUGCGGCCAAGAUGCGGGCUCGGACUGCUAAGUCGUUGCGCCGACUCGGUGCUUGGUGAGUCGGAUAAUCACGUAGUCACUUCUCGCUGUCGUAAGGCGCGCGCCUACGGAGCUCGUGUGAAGGAUGGCCGUAUCGAGCAAUGCAACCAUCAUUGCGCACGUACUGCUUGUGUCAA